GUUCUCGCAUCGCAAACAAGUUGAUCCAUUUAGUCGACGCAUAAAACAAAUAAAGGGUUUAGCGGCUUUACGCUUGGUACCGUCACAUCAUUUCAGGGCCACAAAUUGAAUGACAAGUGUCGGGAAACACAGCAUUAUCUGUCAACACGCAAUAUAGUUUCCUACGCAAACUUGCGCUUUUAUGGCAUAGCAUAGCAAGGACGUGUUCUGUGCGCUCUGAACAGCUGUCCCUCUAGGUUGCGACAAGAGCUAGACAGUGCAUAGACUCCACACAACAUGAGGCAAACAAGACACAAAGACUGGACAACAACUGUCCGCGAGGCUAGGACGAGAUCUGUACCAGCCGGGCUUCCCUUGCACUCGUCAAAGUGUUCUUUUAGCGGGUAUAACGACCGUUCGCGGGUGUACUCAAGCAGUUUGUCCAGCGGUCGCUGUGGCGUGCGCGUGCACCCUAGAGGGUCUAUGUAUCAGGGCGAGGAUGGACAGGUUCGGCCACCUCGUCAGGAAGCCGCGAUACACGUCAGCCGCAACAACCCGCACCCCUACCGCAUCUUUUUCCCCUUCCAGACGGGAGACAGGCUCAAGACAUACAUGGUAUGGCUUCCACUUGACCAACAAAGCAAGACGACUACGAAUUUGCCGUAUAUCAAACCCAACCCACCUCCCGAGCGUCGACAUAAACACGUAUCCCUUGAUAAUCCGUACCCAUAUCAGUCGACGUACCAAGCGGAGAUAGCAAGGAUGCCUAUUCUCGAGAAGAAAGUGAUGGUUGAUCAUUUCCCCGAUGUUGCCAUGGGAACAAGUAGAUACAUGCAACGCCUCAAAGUAAACAAUUAAAGCAAGACAGUACUCUUCAUAUGAUGUUGAGUAAGAGUGAUAUUCUACAGAGUGAACCGUUUAGCUUCAUUUUAGAUCUGUAGGAAAUGUCUGUAGGAAAUUACCCUUACAGGGAAAGAAAAAACAAAACAAUAUGGGUUUGUUAGCAGUCCGCAAAAAAGGUGCUCAUAUUAUUAUCGGGUAAGAGAACAUGUCCCAAGGGAACGCAGUGCCUAAGGCAAUGAAUGUCAGAGAAAUGCGAAAAAAAAAUUUUACACGAAACGUGAAUGUAAUAAAAUUGUGUUUUAAGUGUAUCAAAAAUGCUCUUUUGGGCUAGUAAAAUUGUUGUGUUUUUAGUGUAUCCAAAAUGCUCUUUGGGGCUAGUGAAAUUGUUGUGUUUUUAGUGUAUCCAAAAUGCUCUUUGGGGCUAGUAAAAUUGUUGUGUUUUAGUGUAUCCAAAAUGCUCUUUGGGGCUAGUGAAAUUGUUGUGUUUUAGUGUAUCCAAAAUGCUCUUUGGGGCUAGCAAAAUUGUUGUGUUUUUAGUGUAUCCAAAUGCUCUUUGGGGCUAGUGAAAUUGUUGUGUUUUUAGUGUAUCCAAAAUGCUCUUUGGGGCUAGUAAAAUUGUUGUUUUUAGUGUAUCCAAAAUGCUCUUUGGAGCUAGUGAAAUUGUUGUUUUUAGUGUAUCCAAAAUGCUCUUUGGGGCUAGUGAAAUUGUGUUUUUAGUGUAUCCAAAAUGCUUUGGGGCUAGUGAAAUUGUUGUGUUUUAGUGUAUCCAAAAUGCUCAUUGGGGCUAGUGAAAUUGUUGUGUUUUAAGUGUAUCCAAAAUGCUCUUUGGGGCUAGUGAAAUUGUUGUGUUUUAGUGUAUCCAAAAUGCUCUUUGGAGCUAGUGAAAUUGUUGUGUUUUAGUGUAUCCAAAAUGCUCUUUGGGGCUAGUAAAAUUGUUGUUUUUAGUGUAUCCAAAAUGCUCUUUGGGGCUAGUGAAAUUGUUGUGUUUUGAGAGUAUCCAAAAUGCUCUUUGGGGCUAGUAAAAUUGUUGUUUUUAGUGUAUCCAAAAUGCUCUUUGGGGCUAGUGAAAUGUUGUGUUUUUAGUGUAUCCAAAAUGCUCUUUGGGGCUAGUGAAAUUGUUGUGUUUUUAGUGUACCCAAAAUGAUCUUUGGGGCUAGUGAAAUUGUUGUGUUUUUAGUUUAUCCAAAAUGCUCUUUGGGGCUAGUGAAAUUGUUGUGUUUUUAGUGUAUCCAAAAUGCUCUUUUGAUUGGAAUUAAAUCGCUGUUUUUUUGUUUUUUUCAAGUGUAGCCAAUUGCUCUCUUGGUUAAUGUAACCGUCGGAACUUGGCAUUUACCGUGCGGUUACGAAAAAUGUAGAAACAAAUGCAAUACUGAAGGCAAAACUAUCAGGUUCUGACACCAGCCAAAAAGUAGGCAAAAAUAGAUGGAAUGAAACGAAAACGAUCGAGCGAAAGGCAACGUGAGAACGAAUACAUGAUGCAAGGCAUGGACUUAUAAAGGAUUUAUUAACAAAUUAAAUAAUAAAUUUUAAGUGAUAACAAACAUAGUCAAAUCCGGAGAAAAGGUGACCUAAGCCAAAGGCUAGUUUUAAAAACAAAGUACUUACAACCGGUAAAUCAAACUGAACACAACUGGCAUGACAGGCUCGUACGGACAGCGCUCUAAGCUUGUAGCUUAUCUCUGCUGACUGUCUUCCCUGAGCAACUGCAUAUCUCGCUCCCGCAUCACGCCGCGCAAGUAAUGCGUCUCCUUUGCUCAACGGUACUAAACUAAAAAAAACUAACAGAUACUGUAAAAACAGCCGCUUUUAUACUCGUUUGGGGACGCGCAUUUUUCUAGGGACGCUAACAUUUACUACCGUUCAAAUUACUCAGCGUCCAUUGUCCUGUCAAAUUUAGAAACUAAUCUUCCUGGGAAAUGGUAAAAGGACGCUUACUUGAUUCAAUUAGCACUAUCAAGCUAUUGAUACUAAUCUAAAGGAAUUUGAAACAUGUUGAAAGUAAAUUCCUAAACGUGUACGGAUCGAAUUAGAAUCACGUUUGAGAAACAAUCCGUAAAACAAUUAUAAUCGCAAUCCCAAAAUCGCUUACUUAAAAUCUUUGCAAAAUCUAAAAUAACCCAAAAUACCACCCGGUAACAUUACGACUCGCGCAUAGCAAACACAAGGGGCCUUUUGCGGAGUAACAGGCUGUGUGGGAACUGCACGCGCCAAGAAAGACAUCAAUAUUUUUGCAAAUUGCUACGAAGAUUAGGUGCUGUAAAACUAAAACUUAAAUUUUAGAUGGAACAAUAGAAUAAACACAUUGAGAAUCUGGGGGAGCUCCUGGAGCUAGCGGGAAAUCAAUGGGUGACGUCAUAAGACAUGGCAGCGCAGCCUAGAGAAGCCUGGGGCAAAGCCAGAUUUUUAGAAAGAGAAGAGACUUCUAGACCCAAUUUUGGACUAACUUUGUAGAUUGUAGUUAAUGUAGAGAUCAGAAAUUUUGAAAACAUGAUAGCUUGUAUAAGAUAACAAAUAGUGGCCAUUUUUUCAUUUCCAAAUGAGUUAUUCAUCGCUACUAAAGGAUCUGCACGGGUGUCCCAUGCUGUACUCCUAUACGUGACAGUGGGGAUACCAGGUCAGGCAAGCUUUGUGAUUCAGCGUUUAUGUACUCUUGUAAUUUAUUUACAUGUCUGUCUGGCUGUAAGAAAAAAAAAUAAAAGUGAUAAAAUAUAA